AUGGCGACCUCCACUGAAGCUCUCUCAGCGUCGAUGGAGAAGAUGGCAACUCAGUUCGAGGGGUUCCAGACAAUGAUGAAGCAGACGCUGGAAACCUUGAGCGGCGUUGGUGCGUGGCAGGCCACUGCUGACGAGGCGCUCGAGCAUUUGCGUCAGAGAGCUAAUGCCGCGGUGACCUCCAUCGGUGAUGUCUCAUCUUACAUCUUAGGUCACGCAAGCGACUGCGCGUCUGGAUACUCUGGAGAUGCAAGCGCGAGCAGGACCAAGCGUGCUCGAGCCGCUGCGGGGAUCUCUACCACGUCCGCCUUCACCUCCGCUACCUCGACCGCACUGGUUCGACCUCAACCUAGCUCCCGGAACAUAUGCAAUCAGUAUUAG